AUGAUGUCUUUACGUGAACGAUUGGAGUCUCUCGACGACUUGCCAAACACAUACACACAGGUACUCCAAAAGGAUAUCGCUCGUGUUGAAGGGUUCAUAAAGGAAUGCGACAAAGCAAUAUCGAUGCUAGAUGAAUCGGCCUCCGUUGAAGCCCAAAUCAUUGCUCUCUACCACACACUUGGUGCUAUCCCCUACAUCCCUGACAAAAACGAUACCAUCACAACAGCAGCAACUACAGUUGUUUUGGAAAAGUUGGUAAACCAAUACAAAACCCAACCCACAUCCCCUACAGAUUACCUGGAAAUGAUAACUUCCCUAAAGGCUUUGAGAUCGGAAAAACUUAACCACAUCUCUGACUUACAGUUGAAACUCGCGGGCGAGUUUGCUUCUCCACUACACGCAAAACUCGCCGAAGCCAGUUCCCUCCACGACUUGCUCAGCUCUUAUAUAGCAAAAAUAAAUAGCAAAUAA